UUCUUCUUUGCUUCGCCAUUUUGUUGUGAAAUCUUUUUGUGUGAAAAAGAAUAUUUGCUCCAUUUUCACCAUUCGCUUUGUAUAAGUGUCGAUACUAAAUUGGAUCGCGUUGAAUAUUCCCUGUUAAACGACAUUCCAUCAAAGUCAAGAUCAACGGAACAAGAGAUGGAAUCUGAAUCAAAGAAACCCGUUUGGAUCGAUCCGAAUCCGGUGGAAAUUUUGGAACACAUUUUCCGGUAUGUUGAAGACAGUGAAUUAAUGCGGCUAAAGGACGUCACCGAACGAUUUGAGUCCGUUGUCAAGACCACGUUCAAGGACAGGUAUAAAACGAAGGAUUUCAAAGUACGAGACGAUCAGCGUGUGCAUUGUGAAGAAUUGAUUGCAUUCAUUGGGAAUUACAUAACGGGAAUUGAGGCAAUAUCGAUGGAAAAUAUUGAUAAAAAUCAUUGGUUCAUUCAGCUACUGAAUCAACACUCAAUCAAACUUGACCGGAUCAUCUUUGGCUUUUGCAAGUUCAACAACAUGGCCGAUGCAUUGAAACAACAAUUGAGUUUGACUCAAUUUGCAAUCCGACAUUCAUACAACUUCCAACGCAUGGACUUGCCGGAAUUUCGCAAUCUAACCAGUUUGAAAAUUGAUGACUGUGAAUUUACAAACUAUCUACAAAUCAUCCAGAACAAUCCACAGCUUCAACGGUUGAGUAUCAAAAGCGAUACAGUCUCACCAUUGCUUGUUUUCGAGUCUGUUGGCCGGCAUUGCAAUCAAUUGGAAGAGUUACACGUGAGUAAUGAUGAAGCCUUAGUUGGAUCGAUAAAUAUGUCAAAGACGGCAAUGGAACGAUUGCAUACGCUUAGCAUAACAAUUGACAGCGAUUCAGUCGAAGUACUGAAAGAGUUCAGCGCUGGAUGCAAAAACCUCACGGAUUUGAUGCUUGAACAUAAUGAAGGAAGUUUGAGCGAGAAGUUGGUUAGGACGAUUGGUUCGUUUUCAAACAUCAAAGCACUGAAACUGAUGAUCACAGACGGAUCAAUCCACGAAUAUCAUGUAUUGACCAAAAGUCUUGGCAAAUUACCGAAUUUGGCUCAUCUUUGUCUUCGUGUUGACGAAAUGGAACCGAUGUACGAUUUUUUGCUGUCCUUGCUCCGCGAGUGUAAACAGAUCAACCGAGUUGAGAUUCGAACUCUGCUAUAUUCAAAACAUCAAAUUGGCAUCAACAAAGGUUUCCACGAUGAAUUGCUCGACAUAGUUCAACACCGAACUCAAGAUGUGACAAUACAAAUUGGUGUACAUCCCCGAUAUGAAGCAUUCAUCAGCAAAACCAAAAUUAUUUGGAGAAAUAUGUUGGUUCAUUGGGUUGGCUAUGAUCCGGUGUUAAAUCGAUCAAAUACACACUUGCUGCAAUUGGCUGACGUUGAAACGUCUUCAGCCAAGGAUGAUGGUGAUGAUCAAUGGAAGCAGCAACCAUUUCAAAAGAUUCUUAGCUAUUUGGACACAAACAGUCUCUAUGCUCUGUACCAAACAUCCCAACGAUGCCGGCAACUUGUAAAGAUCCAUGUGAAGAAACGGUUCGAAGAGAAAGGGGAACUGUUCAUUGCAAAUAAAUACGAAAUUGAUGAGAACGCUCUUCGUGCUUUCGGUCAAUACAUGUCCAAUAUUGAAGUUAUCUUUGACCGAGAGAACGUCAAAUUUUGGGAGCUGAUCAAUACGCACUGUGGAAGUAGUGUACGCAGCCUAGCAAUCAAUGAUAUGAGGGAAGUCGGUCGUGAGAUCUUCGAAGGGUAUUUUAAUUUUCCAAACUUACGACAUCUCAAGUACAUUUCCAUCCGUGAAAUUCAAUUCAACAUUUAUUAUUUACGGGGGUGCCAUCAACUAGAAACACUUGAGUUCAGUAAUGACGUUGGAUUCAAAACAUUCGGGUUUCAUCGUAAUGAACUCAAGAGCGUAAAAAAAAUCACAUUUCUCCGUCGUACCGCAUCAACACAGGAGUUCGUUCACCUGUUGGACAAGUACACUCCCAAUAUCGAACGUAGAAUUGUGUAUAGCAUGUCCGAUCAAGCAGCAGAAAUGGAUGGCUAUGACAAUCAACGAAAGAAACGAAAACUAAGAAAUUGAUGCUGAUCACACAAGUACAUUACCUCAUGAUGAACGCAGAAAAGACUCGGAUAACAUGAGCAACAGGUGCAAUGACAUUCGGUCUUCACAUUCAUCUUAUUAGUUAAGCUUGCGUCCUUCAUUUAGAUUCACCAGUGUAGUUUUUUUUCGUCAUUUUGACAUUCAAAUUCUAGAAAACAAAAACAAACCGAUGAGACGAUAGAUUGGACCGGUCGUCCGGUUUUCUCUUUUCCAAUUUAGAUUCUAAGCUAAUAACCCAUUGACAAUGUUCAUCAACAGCCAAAAAAUGGCCCAAUUUUUUUUUUUAGAAAUAUGUAGAAAGCAAAGUUCAUCAUCAAUUUUGAUUUGUCACUUUUUCUCCUUUUUUAUUACUCAAUCAAUCAAAUGCUAAGAGGUCGGUAUGCAAUGAAUAAAAUGCUAAGAGGUCGGUAACAACAGCCGAGACAACGUCGAAUCAUGAAAA